CAACCAGUAAAAGAGUCUGGCUCGUUCUCCACAGCAGACUUAUUUAUUAACAAAACUACUCGGAAACCCUGUCAUUGUUGCGCAGAAGAAUGCACGACGGCCUACCCGGGGUGUCUCUCCACGAGGCACUGGAGGCCGGGGUCCAGAUGUAAUGGCCACACUUUGGUCAAGGUGGCUUCCAUCCAUCUUGCUGGUCAUCGUGCCAAAUUGUUUUGCUCCAGCUCCUCCUGCGGUCCCAUCGCCUCCCCAGUGCUAUAUCCCGUGUGGUGAGAAAGACUAUUGUGCAGAUAUACACUGCAGUUUGAAUCCAAGGCCGGACCCUGAGCUCAACACAACCUACAGCCUGCACUGGGCGCAAGCAAAUAGCACGGAGGAGCAUGUGCUCUAUGGCACCACUUUUUUUUGGAUUAUCGAUCGGGAAAACUUCAACCGAGGGGAGCUCCAUGUUUGGGUCCAGGCUAAGGACGAGCACGGUUCUGCCAAAUCUAAGAAUGCCUCAUUCGACACGAAUAACAUCAACAAGCUGCCGCCUCCUAAACUCUCAUCAGUCAGCCAUCAGGAGUCUUUAGAGAUUUCCUGGACCUUCUCCUGUGACGAGCACCAGCUCCCUUUUGGCGAUUGUGACGUCCGAUAUCGGACCGAGGCAGACAUAGUGUGGACUGAGUCUGAGAAUGUCCUCAAUCUCGGCUAUGCGGUUGAAAGUCCUCAGGCCAGCACGCUCUACAAAUUUCAAGUCCGCUGCUCCUGUGAGAAGGGCUUGAAGAGCGACUGGAGUGAAAUCCAUCCAGUACGAAGCAAAGAGGAGGCCCCAGAGGGAGAGCUGGACGUGUGGAGGGACUGUGGGACAUCCCAGAAGAGCUGUGACUGCGUUGUGACGUGGAAGGAGCUUCCUAAAGCUCAAGCCCGCGGGGACAUUCAGGGGUACGAGGUCAGACUGUCUUAUAACGGCGACCCGGUGCAGCGGAAUUUGUCCACGGCUGUGGCCUGUGAGAAGAAGAUCUGCCACUUCAACUCCUCUCUGAGGAACGUGUCCUCUGUCAGCGUGUCGGCCUACAACACAUGCGGUGCCACCUCGGCCUCCUAUCUGGCUCUGCCAACACCAGGCUGCGAUUGGGUAAAAAAUAGUCAAAGGAAACACACAAGCGAGCCGGCUCUUCACCUGGAGAUGAAUGAAGAGAACCUCACUGUGUCCUGGGAGCCUCCCUCUCAGGGCUCAGACCACCUGAAGGAACACGUGGUGGAGUACAAACAAGCAGGAUGUCCUCCUGGCCAAGGAUUAGAUUGGAUCAAAGUGAAAAAAGGCCUAAGGACAGGAAUCAUUGAAGGUGCGUUUAAGAAAUACACAGCCUACCAAGUGUCACUGUUUACUGUAUCAAACAGCAAUAAAGUCCAUCAUCUUUCGUCAGUCAUUGGAUACUCAUUUCAAGGACCCCCGCCUAGUGUGCCGUCAUUUAAGGUGACCUCCAUCGCUGCCACUCAUGUGAUCCUGUUCUGGGAGUCUAUUCCCCUCCACAGGCAGCGAGGGGAGAUCCUGUACUACCAGCUAAUAGUAGAGAGUGGAGCCGACAGACAGAAUGUGUUCAACGUGAGUGUGUUGCCGCAGCAGAAAAACCAGACGUUCAAGCUGCCGGGUCUGAGUCCCGGGCAGGACUACGAGGUUCGGAUACGAGCCGUGACGCCAGCCGGCCCCGGAACCAACGAGAUGGCAAAGUUCAAAACGAAGCACCACGAACACAUUGAGCACAUAAUACCAGUUGUGUUUGGAAUCUUUUUCCUGGCCCUGACGGGCAUUUGCAUUUGUUUUGCUUUUUACGGUGCUUCUCGUGGAGAAAACAAAACAUGGUGUCUCGGUGUUUCUCUGACAAAAGUCCCGGACGCCCGCAACAGCCAAAUUUUCCGACACAUGAAGCACCAGAUGAACGACUCCUUCCCUUGGAUCUGCAUUCCCCUCCACGAGCCACACCCCAAGAUCUCUCUGCUGGAGGUUGUGGAAGUCCAGCCAUGGGCUUCCGUGGAGAAGAUCUCCAACACCGACAGGUCGACUAAGCUAGCGCCCAAAAGCGGGUGCUCAAGGGCGGACUGCCGAGAUGAUCAGAGGGAGGAAGCUGGGCCAGAGGAGAGCCACAGAUAUGGAAGAGAGGAGUACAGCCAAAUGGUUGACUCGGAUGAGGAGAGGGACGGGGAGGAGGAGGACAGGGCGGAUGGUUGGAGCUCAUCAGAAGAAGAAUGGUCGGCGUCGGGCUACGAGAAGCACUUCAUGCCCACUGCUUUGGAAGUGCAGGAAGUUUGAUGUUUCUCAAUGUCGGCUCACUGACAUUCCUCUGAGAAAUGUGUUGUUAUUUUUUAAUGUUCUUUUAAAUGUGCAGAAAAUGUUCAGAGUGGUACUAUCCCCUCUUUGCAGGAUCCAGAGGGAGACUCUGUGUUUGGAGAGAUCUAUUUUCUAAGGCUUAAUUCAUUGGGCUUCAUUCGUCACUUGUUCUUUUCACCGCAUUGUGUUUAUUGAGUUUUUUUCUUACUUUUUCUUCUUCGGCUACUACCUACUUUGGGCCUGAAAAUUGAAAUGUCAGAUUUUGUAAAUAUUGUCGCACAUAAAAAUGUAUGUUUUGAUAAGUUGAAUGUACAUUUGUGCAUCUGUCAUAUAUAUAUAAAUUAGUUUUUAAUAAGG